AUGCAAAUUCCCGAUUCACCCAAGUCGAAACAGCGGAGGAAGACUUUGUUCAUCCCGGGUCCGCAUUGUCAUGCGCGUCUUCCAAGAGAAUCUCCAAAAAUGGAACAAGGCCCAGCUGGCGAGACCACGAAUGUCUCGAUUCUACCAUCCCGCGGCAGUAACGCGCGGCACGUGUCGUCGAAAAAGGGCGAGAAGGAUAUCAAUCUCGUAACUUGGGAUGGCCCCGACGAUCCAGACAACCCGAAGAAUUGGACCAAGCAGGCGAGAUGGAUGGCAACACUCACAGUCUCGUUGUUCACAUUCAUCUCACCUGUAUCCAGUUCCAUGGUCGCUCCAGCGUUAACGCAAGUUUUGACAGACUUUGGACUGGACCCAAGCAAGUCGUCAGACAGAAUGCAAGCAGAACUGGCCAUGUCUGUGUUCAUUCUCGGGUUUGCCAUCGGACCUCUGGCUCUCGGCCCACUUUCUGAGCUUUUCGGUCGACGAAUCGUCCUGCAGCUCAGCAAUUUGUUCUACUUCGCGUUCAACCUCGCUUGUGGUUUCGCAAACAACACGGGCACACUCGUUGCGUUCCGCUUCCUGGCUGGUCUUGGAGGCAGUGCGCCACUCGGUAUUGGUGGUGGCGUUCUUGCAGAUAUCUGGCUGCCCACGGAGCGUGGUAAGGCUAUGGCUUUCUACUCGCUUGCGCCUCUACUCGGUCCGGCAAUUGGUCCAAUCGCUGGUGGUUUCAUUGCUCAAUACUCAACCUGGAGAUGGGUCUUCUACUCCACGUCGAUCGCAGCAGUAUUUGUUCAGCUUCUUGGCUGGUUCUUCCUCAAGGAGACAUACGCUGCCGCUGUCUUGAGCAAGAAGAAGAAGCAGCUCAUCAAGAUUACUGGGAACAAAGAGCUUCGCACUGAAUUUGACAACCCAUCUCGAAGUCUUGCAAACCACAUUGGCGUUGCAUUCAAGCGACCAUUCAUCCUGCUCUUCACGCAGCCAAUCGUGCAAGUUCUGGCGCUCUACAUCGGCUACGUCUACGGCGUGCUUUACCUGGUCUUGGCUUCAUUCCCAGUGCUGUGGAUGAGAGUCUACGGCGAAGGUCCAGCUAUCGGUGGUCUCAACUAUAUUUCUCUCGGUCUCGGAUUCUUCCUCGGAACUCAAGUCGCUGCCAGAUUCGCAGACAGGAUUUACAAGAAGCUGAAGGCGAAGAACAACGACCAAGGACGAAGUGAAUUCCGUGUUCCUCUGAUGUUCCCAGGUGCAGUCAUGGUUCCUGUCGGACUCCUAAUUUACGGCUGGUCUGCGCAAUACAAGACCCACUGGAUCGUGCCAAACAUCGGUACAGCAAUUUUCGCAGCAGGAAAUCAACUGGUCUUCCAGAAUUGUCAAACAUACCUGGUCGACGCGUACACCCGUUACGCAGCCUCCGCGAUUGCAGCAACUGCGGUCUUCCGAUCCCUGGGAGGUUUCGCUUUCCCGCUCUUCGCAGAUCAGAUGUAUCAAGCACUCGGCUACGGAUGGGGAAAUACCACGCUGGCAUUUGUCGGAAUUGCUAUUGGCUUCCCAGCGCCUUUCAUUCUCUGGUGGUACGGAGAAGCACUCCGCAAGAAGAGUACUUUCGCAGCCGGCUAGAGCUGAUAACGAGCACUUGAGAUGAAGUCACGAUUUACUAUGUCACGCAUUGCUUGCAAAAUUUCAUGAGCGAAGGCGCUUUUGCUUUGGGAGGGAUAGUGAGGGCAGAGGCAUGAGAAGCUCUCUUAUCAUUUCGUAUAAUUUUUUUUUCUUCUUCAGCAUUGCUCACUCACGAGUUUGAGCAGUUGUAUAAUGCCAGAGAUACCAAUGACCUGAAUCAACCGAGUGCGAUCAAACGAGCAAACAAGCACUGCCCACAACGGAGACAUCACUCAUCCUCGAUCCUCAAGGCUGAGCACACCAAGGGCUGUCAUCGGGGAAUCCGUGCAUGUAGGAUCAGACGCCUUUCUCUUGAGUUUCGGCAUCCUGCAUGCCACCAUUAGGCGGAGCCGCGAUACCUCUGCACGGUGACAUUGCGCAGCAGAAGGAGCAAAGCAUAUACCUAUUUUGCCAGUAUUAUUGCUGACUGCUUGCGACCUGACGUAUCGUAGAAGCAUGAACGAAUUCUGAAGUAAGCAGUAGAUAAGCAGUAUCGGAUGAUAGUUUGGAAAGAGAACAUCUAUGCAACCCC